AGUCACAAAGCAAUUCUUAUUCUCUUCAUGUAAACUGCUACCACGCCCCGCCGCGCAUUCCACAUCGAAGUCCUCAUUUCUCUUUUCCCUUCGUUUCGCCACACACGAAUACAUGGACAGGUUCAGGUCGAAAAAACAACGACUGCCCAUACGCUUCAUUUCUCUUUAGUCACGCCACAGAACAGGAGAGCGCCACUUCGCAUUUUCUGUUAUUUAUAGGCUCGAUUGAUGAAGCCGAACCACGAGUCUCGGGUGCCGCCCAAGCAGCAGGUGCGAGGUGGCAAGGCAAAGUCAACGAGAGCGGUGCUAGUGGCGAGCAACACCAAGCCGCCCACCGCCCUCUCCUCCUCUGCCAAUUCCGACUUUGACGAUGUCGCCGACCUGUUCCGCGCCAUCAAUCAGACAAAAGCCCAGCAGAAGGGCGUCGUCGAAAACGUCACCGCACCGGACUCGAACAGAGGCACGCCGUCAAGCCACGGAACCAAAAAGAGCACCAAGUCAGCUACAGGCGGUAAAUGCAGCGCUUCGUCGUCGUCCCCUAACGUAGAGGCAAAACCCGUCCGUGACGGCCUCUAUCACGCACCGCAGAAGUCUGUGAAGAUGAGCGACAACGAGUUCUUCAGCGGUACCUGGUUGAAGGCAGAUCAGGCAGCAACAACGGCUGCUGCAGGUUUGGGCUCCUCUGUAGUGGGUAGCAGCUCCGACUCCGUUGAAGCUUCGCAGGAGCUGCUACGGAAAGAAGGUGUGGAUCGCAUUGUGUCUCUACAGGAGCUCUCCAAAAUGCUCUCGCGGAACGCGAAGGCGGGCUCCACACCAAACUGCCCGUUUGACUGCGACUGCUGCUUUUAG